GGGAGAUAGUGAGGGUUCUGUUACGGGGGUGUGCAAAAGAGGGCGGAGAGCUCCUUGACAGACAAGUUGCCCUGGGGUGUAAAGGGUUGGAUUAAAAGAUGAGUUUGAAGGUCGGCGCCCAACCCUGCCAUUCUGAGUCUGGGCUUCCGUAGUAGUUUGAUGCGCGUUUAUUUUCCUCUCCAAUCUUGAGCACACCUGUAAAAUUGUUAGAGCACGAACAAGUAUUCUGGGCUCCUCGGAAAGAGAGGAGUGCCGUGUAGCAGUCUAGAUAAUUGGCUAACCCAGCUAGAGAAGCUCUGGAAGAGGCCAAACCAAACUACAGCUCGGGAAUAGGCUUCAGAAAUUUCAGGCCGCUUUUACAUAGCUCCUUCCGUCUUAAUUGAACUCUAUUUUAAGAAUCUCUCAAAGCAAAAGAAACAAGUCAUGGAGAAGAAUGGGAAUAACCGAAAGCUUCGGGUUUGUGUUGCGACUUGCAACCGUGCUGAUUAUUCGAAACUUGCCCCGAUCAUGUUUGGCAUUAAAAUGGAACCUGAGUUCUUUGAACUUGAUGUGGUGGUACUUGGCUCUCACCUGAUAGAUGAUUAUGGGAACACAUAUCGCAUGAUUGAACAAGAUGACUUUGACAUUAACACCAGGCUACACACGAUUGUUAGGGGGGAAGAUGAGGCAGCCAUGGUGGAGUCAGUAGGCCUGGCCCUAGUGAAGCUACCAGAUGUCCUUAAUCGUUUGAAGCCUGAUAUCAUGAUUGUUCAUGGAGACAGAUUUGAUGCCCUGGCUCUGGCUACUUCUGCUGCCUUGAUGAAUAUCCGAAUCCUUCAUAUUGAAGGGGGAGAAGUCAGUGGGACCAUUGACGAUUCUAUCAGACAUGCCAUAACAAAACUGGCUCAUUAUCAUGUGUGUUGCACCCGAAGUGCAGAGCAGCACCUGAUAUCCAUGUGUGAGGACCAUGAUCGCAUCCUUCUGGCAGGCUGCCCUUCCUAUGACAAACUUCUCUCUGCCAAGAACAAAGACUACAUGAGCAUCAUUCGGAUGUGGUUAGGUGAUGAUGUAAAAUCUAAAGAUUACAUUGUUGCGCUACAGCACCCUGUGACCACUGACAUUAAGCAUUCCAUAAAAAUGUUUGAAUUAACAUUGGAUGCGCUUAUCUCAUUUAACAAGCGGACCCUAGUUCUGUUUCCAAACAUUGAUGCAGGGAGCAAAGAGAUGGUUCGAGUGAUGCGGAAGAAGGGCAUUGAGCAUCAUCCCAACUUCCGUGCAGUUAAACACGUCCCAUUUGACCAGUUUAUACAGCUGGUUGCCCAUGCUGGUUGUAUGAUUGGGAACAGCAGCUGUGGAGUACGAGAGGUUGGAGCUUUUGGAACACCUGUGAUUAAUCUUGGAACACGUCAGAUUGGAAGAGAAACAGGGGAGAAUGUCCUUCAUGUCCGGGAUGCUGAUACCCAAGACAAAAUACUACAGGCACUGCAUCUUCAGUUUGGCAAACAGUACCCUUGUUCAAAGAUAUAUGGGGAUGGAAAUGCUGUUCCAAGGAUUUUGAAGUUUCUCAAAUCUAUUGAUCUUCAAGAGCCACUGCAAAAGAAAUUCUGCUUUCCUCCUGUGAAGGAGAAUAUCUCUCAAGAUAUUGACCAUAUUCUUGAAACUCUAAGUGCCUUGGCUGUUGAUCUCGGUGGGACAAACCUCCGAGUUGCAAUAGUCAGCAUGAAGGGUGAAAUUGUCAAGAAGUAUACUCAGUUCAAUCCUAAAACCUAUGAAGAGAGGAUUAAUUUAAUCCUACAGAUGUGUGUUGAAGCUGCAGCAGAAGCUGUAAAACUGAACUGCAGAAUUUUGGGAGUAGGUAUUUCCACGGGUGGCCGGGUAAAUCCUCGGGAAGGAAUUGUGCUGCAUUCAACUAAACUGAUUCAAGAAUGGAACUCUGUGGACCUCAGGACCCCCCUGUCUGACACCUUGCAUCUCCCUGUAUGGGUGGACAAUGAUGGCAAUUGUGCUGCCCUGGCGGAAAGGAAAUUUGGCCAAGGAAAGGGCCUGGAAAACUUUGUGACACUUAUCACAGGUACAGGAAUUGGCGGGGGUAUCAUCCAUCAGCACGAAUUGAUCCAUGGAAGCUCCUUCUGUGCUGCAGAACUUGGCCACCUUGUUGUGUCUCUGGAUGGGCCUGAUUGUUCCUGUGGAAGUCAUGGGUGUAUUGAAGCAUAUGCCUCUGGAAUGGCCUUGCAGAGGGAAGCAAAAAAGCUACAUGAUGAAGACCUGCUCUUGGUGGAAGGGAUGUCAGUGCCAAAAGACGAGGCCGUGAGUGCAGUCCAUCUCAUCCAAGCCGCAAAACUUGGCAACGUGAAGGCCCAGAGCAUCUUGAGAACAGCUGGAACGGCUUUGGGUCUUGGGGUUGUGAACAUCCUCCACACUAUAAAUCCUUCCCUUGUGAUCCUCUCUGGAGUCCUAGCCAGUCACUACAUCCACAUCGUCAAAGAUGUCAUCCGCCAGCAAGCCUUGUCCUCGGUUCAGGAUGUGGACGUGGUAGUUUCGGAUUUGGUGGAUCCCGCCCUGCUCGGUGCCGCCAGCAUGGUUUUGGACUACACAACUCGCAGGAUCUGCUAGGCCUCCCAGGAGGGGACAUGGACCAAGACUCAGAACUUCUUCGUGGAAUCAGGUUGUCUUUUAGAUGAGCGUUUCUUACAAAGCAAAUUUGGUAUUUAGCAGGUGACUUCAGUUAAGUUUUUGCUUUUAGUCUCCUCUUCCAAAGUCACUUUUCCCAACCCGUUUUGGUAGAUGCUGCUCUUUCUGGGGUCAUUUUAGCUCAAACCCUGUAAGUACCAGUCACAAUUUUCUGUGCCAAAGGAGCUGUGAUAGUAGACAAGGAAGCCUUAGGACUCUGCUCACCAGACGUACCACUUAGACCUGCAGGCCUUGCUUGAGAUGGGACCUUGAUACUGGAGUUUGGAUUAUUAAUCCUUCCUACUCUGACCUUAAACUCAGAUUGCAGAAAGGGAUCCAGUCAGGAAACAGAAGGAAAUCUCACCGUGAAUGGCUAAAGUAAACUUUUUUAAAAACAGCUUUACUGAGAUAUUUUUAAAAGUGUACAAUUUGGUAAGCUUUGACAUAUGUAUAUACCUGUGAAACCAUCACCACAAUCAAGACAUUGGACAUACCUGUCACCCCCAAAUGUCAUCUGCUUAAAGAUGUUAUUUGCUACUACUCUUGGAGAGUCUUGAGCAACUUUAGGGAUCUGAAUUACAGUGGCUUUAAGUGACCUUGUCCUUAUCUUCUUAAGGACAGCUGAGAAGCCACUAGGACUUAACAGCCUCUGAAAGGAGAUUAACCAUCCCCAAAGGAUCUUCGCUAUGGACAAACACCUCUCCCUUGAAUAACUUUUCAUGCUAAUGUUGAGUAUGACCCUGGAGUAUCUCCUAAGGCAGCGUUUGUGGAGCCCGUAUCUGUGAAUCUGGAUUCUGGCGAAAUACGAUUUUGUGCUUUCAUUGGUGUCUAGAUACAAAGGCUAGGGUUCUUGCUAUCAAUUUCAACCUGGAAGAAAUAUGAAUACCCACCAUUUAUUAAGUGCCUACUGUGUGCCAGGUUCUGAACUAGGUGCUCCAUAUACGUUAUUCUGAAUUCUCACAACCUGGGAGGUAGGUGUUUUAAUUUCCAUUUUAUACAACCGCAAAUUAAGUCUUGGCGCGUUUAAGUGAUGGCACCUAAAGCUGUGUGGCUAGUGACUCUCAGAAACAGGAUUUGCUCCCAGGUCCAUCUGUGCUUUUCUGCUAAGCCACACAACCCCUCAAAUAAAAACCUUGCAGAAGGUAAAUAUAUCCUAAUUUAGUUCAGACUAACAACAGCUUUAAUAAGACUAUCUCAUUAGCAGAUGACUCAAUUUGUCUUUGAUGCUGUCCCUCAGUGAUAAAUUUAAUCAAAUAUUCUUCUCUGCUGUGGACAUUUUGCCAAUAUUGCCAAUACAGGUUUUUAUGGGUACUUUCAGAUGAUCUAAGAAAGCAUAUGCAUGUUUUUCAGAUUCUUAUUUUAGGAAAACCAGAAAGUUUCUAUUGUUUCAGUGUUAGCAUACAAAAUAAAGUGUGAAAGUAUCACUAUUGCAUUUGAACUACUUCCUUCCUGGUGGGUUAAUGUGAAUAGAUAGGUUGGCUGAUUCCAAGAACUCCACCGGCCCUGAAAUAAUCUCCAGGUCCUGGUUAUUGUUGAAAUAUUCCACCGUGAUUCCUAGGAAGGAAGCUAGUUCUGCUUGGCGUCAGCGUCUGGGGUGAGGUGGUGUCCUGGGAAGGGACACCAGUUGUUCCUGGGCGACAUCUGUAACUGCUCUGGACACCAGACGGUUGCAUUGCUACCAGGCUUCAUACCAAAUAUUUGGAAGGAUGGUUCUAAAUCUAAAACCAAAUCUUAGUUUUUAUUGAAUUCACAGAAAGGAUAAUUAAUAUAUUCCAACAUAAUUAUUACUGACAGUUAAAUCACAUAUUAAUUUAUUUUAGUGUAAAUAUUUGUAUGUUACUGUUCUGAGCCAAAUUCUAAAGAAAAAAUAAAUAUAUUUGUGGAAAUCCUAA